AUGAUCUGCAGCACCAGCGCCUUGCAGUCGAGGCACACGGCCAUCGGCACGCCGCGAAGCCUCUCGGCGGCGGGAAGACUGGCGGGCCCCUCGACGCUGCGCGUCAUGGCGCCGCCGUCCCACCACCCGAGCGCCGAGCCCCCCCGCGAGCCCGGCGCCGACCCGCCGCCCUCCGACCCGCCGCCAUCCGAGCCCGCCGCCCGCCUCGCGGCGGCCGGACUGCUCGGGGCGCUGCCCACGCUGUUCUCCACGCUGCCACCCUGCAAAUUAAGAGAGGUUUCGUACGCGCGAAACUCGACUCGUCCCGGAAGAGCGACGAUCGGCGAUGAACGUUUGACUGAAAGCGACCCGCCCGCUCGUAUAAAUAACGGAAUACUCACCGGGGCGGCGAGCCGAGCCAGCAGCGAGCGAGGCGGCGGCGGGGGCUCCUCGUCGGGGGGCGAAGGCAGCAAGGAAGGACUCAGCAGCACAACGGGCACGUGCGCGAAAUGCUCCGUCGGGAUGCGCAUCUGUCGACAGAACGUCUCGUCAGCGAACGCCCGACGCGCUGGACGAGGUCCCGGGCGAAGGGAUUCUCACCUUGGUGCAACAGCGGUGGCAGACGGUCCUCUUGCAGAGCUUGCACCUCUGUCCCCAGGGACCGAAGAUGCCGAAGCGGGUCUUGAGGCAGAGGAAGCACACGCGCCUCUUCUCGACGUCCUCCUUGACGCGGCCCUCGACGGGCAGCACCUCCAGCUCCGCCUUCGUGAGCACCGACCGGAUGUGCACGAUCUCCUCGAGGGUCAGCGACAGCCGCUCCUCGCUCAGCAGCGCGUCCCGCCACCGCUUCUGCGCACGACGCGAAGGCCCGUCAGCGACGACCGCCCUCGACCCGAGCGAGGCCGAGCGGCCGACGAGCAUACUGACCGAUUCGACGAGGUCGUCUCUCAGGGACGAUCGGGACCAGCUCGACUCGGCGUCGUCGCUCAGGCCGCCCAGGGAACCCCGCGACUCGGGCCUCGAGUGGGGCACCGACUGAGCGCCCGGCGCCCCGGUGGGUCCCGUCGCCGCGUUCGCCACCGAGUGGCGCCGCACGGAGGCGCGCCGCGACGGGCACUGCGUCGCCAGGUCGUACGCUGCGACAGCGCAAGGCGCGGUUAUUUUCCGGCCCUUCUCGGGCCUUCCGGAAUCGAGCGGAUAUGA